UUUGGGCCGCUGCGACUCAGGUUGGCGGCUCCGGACUUGGGGGGGCUCUGCGGCCGCCAGAUCGAGCUGGGGGAACGCCUUCAGACGAUGUGGGGAGCUGCGGCCGAAGGAGCUCAACAGAAGAACCUUGAAGGCUAUGUGGGAUUUGCAAAUCUCCCAAAUCAAGUAUACAGAAAAUCAGUGAAGAGAGGGUUUGAAUUCACUCUUAUGGUUGUUGGUGAAUCUGGACUCGGGAAGUCAACAUUAAUCAACUCAUUAUUCCUCACAGAUUUGUAUUCUCCAGAGUAUCCAGGUCCAUCCCAUAGAAUAAAAAAGACAGUACAGGUGGAACAAUCCAAAGUUUUAAUCAAAGAAGGUGGUGUUCAGUUGCUGCUCACAAUAGUUGAUACCCCAGGAUUUGGAGAUGCAGUGGAUAAUAGUAAUUGCUGGCAGCCUGUUAUUGACUACAUUGAUAGUAAAUUUGAGGACUACCUAAAUGCAGAAUCUCGAGUGAACAGACGUCAGAUGCCUGAUAACAGGGUGCAGUGUUGUUUAUAUUUCAUUGCUCCUUCAGGACAUGGACUUAAACCAUUGGAUAUUGAGUUUAUGAAGCGUUUGCAUGAAAAAGUGAAUAUCAUUCCACUUAUUGCCAAAGCAGACACACUCACUCCAGAGGAGUGCCAACAGUUUAAAAAACAGAUAAUGAAAGAAAUCCAAGAACAUAAAAUUAAAAUAUAUGAAUUUCCAGAGACAGAUGAUGAAGAAGAAAAUAAGCUUGUUAAAAAGAUAAAGGACCGUUUACCUCUCGCUGUGGUAGGUAGUAAUACUAUCAUUGAAGUUAAUGGCAAAAGGGUCAGAGGAAGGCAGUAUCCUUGGGGUGUUGCUGAAGUUGAAAAUGGUGAACAUUGUGAUUUUACAAUUCUAAGAAAUAUGUUGAUAAGAACACACAUGCAGGACUUGAAAGAUGUCACUAAUAAUGUCCACUAUGAGAACUACCGGAGCAGAAAACUGGCAGCUGUGACUUAUAAUGGAGUUGAUAAUAACAAGAAUAAAGGGCAGCUUACCAAGAGCCCUCUUGCACAAAUGGAAGAAGAAAGAAGGGAGCAUGUAGCUAAGAUGAAGAAGAUGGAGAUGGAGAUGGAGCAGGUGUUUGAGAUGAAGGUCAAAGAAAAAGUUCAAAAACUGAAAGAUUCAGAAGCUGAGCUCCAAAGGCGCCAUGAGCAAAUGAAAAAGAAUUUGGAAGCACAGCACAAAGAAUUAGAGGAGAAACGUCGUCAGUUUGAAGACGAGAAAGCAAACUGGGAAGCCCAACAACGUAUUUUAGAACAACAGAACUCUUCCAGAACCUUGGAAAAGAACAAGAAGAAAGGGAAGAUCUUUUAAACCCUCUAUUGACCACCAGUUACGUAUUAGUUGCCAAUAUGCCAGCUUGGACAUCAGUGUUUGUUGGAUCCGUUUGACCAAUUUGCACCAGUUUUAUCCUUAAUGAUGGAUUUAACAGCAUGACAAAAAUUAUUAUUUUUUUGUUCUUGAUGGAGAUUAAGAUGCCUUGAAUUGUCUAGGGUGUUGUGUACUUAGAAACUAACAGCUCUAAGUACCUUUCCUACAUUUUCUUUCUUUUUUUUGUUUUUGUUUUUGUUUUUGUUUUGUUUUUGUUUUUUGUUUUUUGUUUUUUUAUUAAACAGAUGUCUUCAAUUUAAUGCAAGAAAACAUUUUACUGUUGUACAAUCAUGUUCUGGUGGUUUGAUUGUUUACAGGAUAUUCCAAAAUAAAAGGACUCUGGAAGGUAUUCAUUGAGGAUAAAUUGCCAUAAUAUGAUGCAAACUAUGCUUCUCUAUGAUAAUUAUAAUACAAAGGUUCCAUUCAGUACAGCGUAUACAAUAAUGUAAUUUAGUCUAACACAGUUGACCCUAUUUUUUGACACUUCCAUUGUUUAAAAAUACACAUGGAAAAAAAAAUCCUAUAUGCUUACAAUGCACCUAGAGCUUUUUUAUAACAACCUUUUUUUGUUUAUUUGUUUGUUUUGGAUUCUUUAAAUAUAUGUUAUUCUCAUUUAGUGCCCUCUUUAGCCAGAAUCUCAUUACUGCUUCAUUUUUUAAUAACAUUUUAUUUAGGUAUUUUCCAUAUAUUGGCCCUGCUAAAAAUAGAAUAUAGCAUCUUUCAUAUGAUAGAAACCAACAAGGAAACUUUCCUUUAAUUCCCUUUUUACACUUUAUGGUAAGUAGCAGGGGGAAAAAUGCAUUUAUAGAUCAUUUCUAGGCAAAAUUGUGAAGCUAACGACCAACCUAUUUCUACCUAUGUGCCGUCUCUUUAUUUUACUAGAAAUGGGAAUCAUGGCCUCUUGAAAAGAAAAAAAGUCACCAUUCUGCAUUUAGCUGUAUUCAUAUAUUGCAUUUCUGUAUUUUUUUGUUUGUAUUGUAAAAAAUUCACAUAAUAAACAAUGUUGUGAUGUAA